CUUGGAAUCCUACCUUUGGUGUUUGUUUCCCUUAGAAGGAAACUUGGUUUAAGAAGAAAGGAAGAAGAGGAAUAAUAGGUCAUUCUUCGGAAGAGGCACUGGGCUGGGGCAUCGCAAAGACAACUUGCCUUUGUUCCCAGACACUUGGAGUGUCGUUUCUUGCCCCUGCCCGGGAGGGAGAGGCCGGGGUGUGUCAGCGCGGCCCGGGGAGGCUGCAGCCGGCCGGCAGGGAAUUGGCCAGCCAAGCCCGGGUCCCCAACGCCCACCGUGGGCCUGGGCUGGGCCCGGGGUGCGGGAGCCCCGGCCUUGUUUGGCCCAGCCUAAGGCUCCGGGCCUCUGGACUUCAUCGAAGAAGUGUGCUCCCAGGGCAGACAGGUGCAUGCAGGGGCCACAUCUGUGUAUUUGGAAGGGUUGAAGGAUUUUGUCCGGCCACAGCCGGGGGACGACCAUUUGGGAUCUUGGUAGGGACCACGGUGAGGUCAGGGCUCCAUUCUACCUGGGCAGAGCAUUUAAGACUGGGCUUGCCAAAAAUGGGUUGGAAAGAGCCAGUCUUUUCCUUCCAAGCUUUCCAGGGUUGAAUCAGUCUUCUGACUGCUAUAAUGCUCUUAGUAAAAUAUUCUUUAAUUUCCAGUGACAGAUGGGAGGUGGGGUGAGCCAAACGUGACCAGGCACCCCCUGUUAGACUCGAGGUGUGGCGAAUCCUUAGCCACCCUCUUCUGUUAGCAUCAAAGUGAAGCAAAGGGUAAACCCAGCUUACCUGGGAAAACCCAAUAGCGUGGAAAUGUCUGCUAAAUGUACUGUGACCACGAUCUGGGAAAGAUCCACUUGGGUGACAGAGGAGACAGCGAGAAGUCUGAAGGUGAAGGAUUAGGGCUCGUAAAGUUUUUUAACCCAUGCAGAAACACACUUAAAUACUCCUUUGGAAUCUGCUCACUUCUGAUGUUAAAACCAUUUUCCAUAAUAUAUAUCUUUGUGGCAAUAUUUAGUAUUAAUAGCACAUAAGUAUGUAGACAUGAACUUCUGAGUCCCAUGGCAGAAUUAUAAAACUCACCAUACAGAGAAUAAUGAAUUUGGCCCUCUUCAUUGGCCCAAAAAGAUUCCUGUUAAAUACUGGUGCUUAGUGCUUGCUGUACAAUAUUUCAUGAAUGUUAAACUUGCCUUCUCCAUUUGUUAACAUCCCAGUGUAAGUUUUAAAUACACUGGGAAGACUCAAUUACAAAAUCCCCUCCCCAAUCCCAAAUAAUCCGAACUCGUUCAUGUUUUAUUCAGACUUAAAUAAAUCACUCUCAGAACUCAGCCUGUCUCAUUUAGGAUUUUGUGUGUAACCGUUUCCAAUUCAAAAAAGAAAAACUACUGAAAUUAGAUGUUGUAAACAAAAGAAACAGCCAAGAUAAAAACUAUUAUGCCACAUUUCAAGUUUGAAUGGAUAAUAAUGGAAUUUCAUAUGCUGGAAACAAUACUGACAAAUAGAAACACCAAAUUCUUAACCAAAAAGGCUACCGUGCAAGCGUCGUUAGAAUAUAAACAAACUGGCCAACAUAACACGCAUAGCCCAUUAAUAUCUUAGCAUCCAAAAAGUAAAUGAUGUAGGCAGCCUGUGAAUACUUUUCUUUCCUAAUGGGCAUGGGCUUGCCAACCUGCUUUUGUUGACAUGUAGUAAAAGUUCUACUAGACAAAGGCUUGGAUCCUCCAGAAUCCAGCACAAAAGUGAGACCAAAUUUCCAGCUGGAAAAUACUGUUGUUGUCAUCAAUGAGAGAGGGCUACUGAUUCUGAUAAAACGUUGUGAUUUGUAUGCUCCUGGCAGUGGCAUUUCCUGAUACGAUGGUCUCUUGGAGUUAGUUAAGAAAUGGGCCACUCCACAAGAGUCUUCCGGAAAUGAAGCAUCUUGUAGUGUGAUAUCUUGCUUGGGUGCAGAGUUUGAUGGGUGAUGGACUGAAUGCCAUAGUCUGUUUAAUCAGUGGAGGCUAAAUUUCUUGGUUGAUAACUCAAAAAGAGAAGUAAAACGCUUGGUCACUCUUUCUUCUUGGAGUCAUAGAGAAUUAUGUGAACCUCUUUUUUCCCUCUUGUAAUAAGGUUCUCUCAAACUCCUUGCUGAAGUCUCUUUAGGGGCCGCCCUGGUCAAGCAGGCUAAGGUGGACACCUGCCUGUCUGCAGCGGGGUUGGGCCUGAAUUGGGGGAGGCAGAGAGGCCUGGUGAAACAGAUGUGAGUCCCUGCUGCCAGGAGCUGCUCUGCUCUGUUAGCCAGAAGACUUCGUUGCUUUAAUGGAGCUCUUUCCCCACACCUGAUUUUCCUCCUGCACUUGGAAGUGGACCCUGUUACAGCUCACAGAGUGUGAUGGUCUCCCUCAAGACAAUGAUGGAUUCGCCCUUUCCCAAAACAUUAAAGCGGUAUAAUUUGGAAAAGAAAGAAAGAACUAGACCCUUUCUGUGUAUUUGAAAGACCAUCAAUCUUCAGAGAGCAAGUCUGCCAUCACUUUUCUGACAGUUCUUGAAUCCGUAGGGAGAGCUCAGGUUUGGUUUUCCCAUAGAAACUGGCAGUUAGUAAGACAGUGAGGCUGCUCCGCUAUCACCAUGGCUCUGAGGCCCGUGGGUCUUUGCUUUAAGGUCACACAUGCUCUCCCUUCAGCCUACCCUCGAUCCUGCCUGGAGUCCCAGGAAGACCCAAGUGAGAACCCUGAGCCCCCAGAAGUGGCCCCAGUCCCCGGGUGAUGGGGAACAGUAAGCAUCACAGAGGAGGCAGUGGUCCCUGCCCCCUGGAAAGUCCCUGCCUGUGUCUGGGCUUUGCAGUGAGAAUUCUGGCUGCCUCUGGCCCUGGAGCCCUGGCUCCUGCUUAAUAUUCCGCCUGCCCCGUUGAUGUUGUGCUUGGCUCCUGUGGGACUGCAACUCACGGCUGGAAACUGGAGCCAAUUUUCUGUCUUCAUCGAGCAGUGUUUUGACUGGAGGCAGAUCCAGUUCAGGCCGAUCGGGCUGGUGGAAACAACUACCAAGUGUCUGUGUCUGCCUGGCUCUGGGGGAGAAAGCCAGGGAGCCCCAGAAUGUUAUGGAGGAGCUGGCCUGCGGAAAGGACAGGAGGAGGGGCAGCUUCGGAACAGACUGCGCCUCUGGGCAGCAGCUGGGAUUAUGGUGGGGGUUUCUGCCUCCCCCACUCUUUUCUUUUGAUUGAUUAGCGGAUUUCAUCCAAAGAGACUCCCAGGGGACUGACUAGAAAAUUGAUUUUGCCUUAUUAAUAGAAAGGAGAGCAAGGGUUUGGCCUGCCUCUUAGCGGCACCUUUUCUUUGGAGAGGUCGGGGGAGUGUAUUUAGGAGGCAAAGCAGCUGUUUGGGAGGGGGCCGAGGGGAAGCUGAGAACAAUGAGAGAUGGGAUUUGAAAGAUCCGCCCCUGAGACUCAGACUGCUGAGCGUGGAGGCUGAGCUGAGAGCAGCAAGAGUUUGCUGAGGUUUCUUGGAAAAAAUAAUCAAAUGGCUCAGGGGUAAGGGGAGGGCCGGAAGUAAAAGUUUCUCAAAGCAAAGAAGUGAGGAUGCCAAGGCCACCCGGCUCACUCCUGAUCGGAGCUGUUUCCCUUUUCUCUUCUUCCAGAUCUGAGGCUGUCAGAGAUGACUCUGGUUCUGUCCAUGAAUAGGUUCUGCGAGCCCAUUGUCUCUGAAGGAGCUGCUGAACUUGCUGGGUACCAAGCACCAUGGGAGGCUGACAGCUAGCGAGGUCUGAGCCCCGGGGCCGGAAAGGCUCCCCUGCAGGGAGACUGGGGACCCGGGCACCCCCCGGCAGGGUCACAUUACAGGGGAACUUCAAAUCCCAUAACAACAUCCAAGAUUACAUACUUUAAGAGGAAGUAUGUGGAAGAAGAGGAUUUUCACCCACCACUCAGCAGCUGUAGCCAUAAAACCAUCUCGAUUUUUGAGGAACGAGCCCACAUCCUUUAUAUGUCCUUAGAAAAGCUAAAGUUUAUUGACGAUCCCGAAGUGUACCUCCGAAGAUCCGUUCUCAUAAACAAUUUGAUGAAGAGGAUCCAUGGGGAAAUCAUCAUGCAGAGCAACUGGUGCUUCCCGGCCUCCCCUUUUGGCAGCGCCUCCGCCCAAGAGUGGUUCAUGGCUCAAGACUGUCCUUACCGAAAACGACCACGCAUGGCCAAAGAGGAGUGUGAAAAGUUCCACGCCUGCUGCUUUUACCAGGAGUGUGGGGCCCACUGCCUGAAUCUGCCCCUUCCUGUCAACGCGCGUGUCGGAAGCGCCUGCAGCCCCUCCGCCUCCUCCUCUCCCUCUCUGCCUUUGCCGAGCUGUUCCCACCAGUUGGACUUCGAUGCAGGCAGUGCAGCUAUUUACAAGAGUGAUGGCCAGAUACCAGCCGAUGAAAUCUUUGAUACAAAUGUCAGGCCUCUUGGUGUCCAGGAAAAGGCCAAAUGAAACGAUGAGAAGGCAAAUGACAUUCACAGAGGUGGUGCCCUCAACCAGGACCCUCUGGGAAGUGACCUUGAGGUUGAGUGCAAAGGCCAAUUUUAUGAUUAUUUUGAGCCUGGAUAUAAUGAAAAAAACAAUGCAAGUGAGUCUUGGAAGAAGUCUUUGAGGAAAAAAGAACCUUUACCAAGUAACAGACCGCUGCAGCAAAGGGAGUAAAAUAUGAGCCAUCUUUCCACCCAAACUCGGAAGCAUGCACAGCAUGAUCAGUUAGCUCUCAUACAUUUUCUUUUGAAGGGAUUUUAUAGUUUUGUACAACUGAUAAAAUUAUGUCAUGAACAUUCUGUGCCGUGUCAAUGCCUGGAGAGCAGAUUGCUAAAACAUCUGUAUAGUGGCAUCAGCGAGCUACUUAGAAAUCUGGUGAUUUUACCAAGAAACAGUCAACUUGAUGCUUCAAAGUGUAUCUUAGUUUUCUUAACAAAAAAAAAGAUCACUAGGUUAGACUGGGGACAGUGUACCCUUGUGACAUUUCCAUUGCCCCCAGAAGCCUGCCGCUAGCUAAGAAAGUGCGACAUGGUUGCCAGUUAAUAGGUAGUUAUUUGAUAAGCACACAAUGUAACCAGCAAAGGGGGCCACCUUCUUCUGUAGGAUACAGUAUGUUUUCUAAAUAAAAGACUGAAGACAGGGAGCUAGAUGAAACGGCUUCCUGGUGCUGUUAAGUAUCUGUGUUUAACAGUCUCUGUGUGAUGGAUGAAAAUAGGAUGCUACAUAAUGAUGCACACCUUUCCGGGGCCACAGUCUGCACAGAGGGGAUUCCCUGUAGGUCCCCACUUGCCUGUGAUGGGUGAUGAGGCUUUGAAGGAGGUGGUAUACAGGGCGAUUUUUGGUGCCUUACUUUAUCUUAAUUUUUGCCAAUGUGAAAAUUAAGGAUAAAUCAGAGUUACAGCAGGGAUUUAACAAACAGGAAAAAAAACACAGGGUGGAUCCAUAUGGUUUGGAAACUGUUAACUUUGAACUAUUGUGUUCAACUUUUGAUUCAACAUCUCUGUUCUUCCUUUAUUUUUGAUGCCCACUUGCUUUGGGUUCAGCAGUUUGGGAAGGGAUGGAGGAGACGUCAGAGAGAGCUGUUUGGAACCAGCUCUAGCUGCUUGAGCUUUUCUCUGGCAGUGGUGUGUUGCUGGGGUUUGGGUUGUUUUGUUUUGUUUUGUUUUCUUGUCCAAUGAAGUUCAUGAACCCCGUGGCAUGCAUUAUACUUUUAUCUGUUCUGCAUCAUUUCACUUGUUUAGAUUAUAAAAGCAUGUGGUUUUUUAUAUAUGACUUUUGCUGUUGAUUAAGAAGCACAAUGUUAAUAAAUGAUGUGAUCAAUAAGGUUUAUCUUAAAGAAUGUAACGAUUUUAGUUUUUGGAAAGUUAUUUUGGAGAAAAGGGACUCGGUAUGUAGUUGUUAACUGUGUAUUUGGCCAGCAUUCUUCUUGAUAAUAUCUUGAGUCUGUGUGUUGGCGAGUGUCCAGGGUGGCCCUCCAACCGGCCUUCCUUCUGCUCCAGCGACUCCUCCUGCUAAACUGUUCCCGUUGCCAAGGUUACCACCCGAUUUGGGUCUCCUUACACAGCACUUCACGGGAACUAAAGGCCAAAUGGAGGGGACAAGUAGUAAGUCCUCCCGGUUUCUCCAAGAUAAAGCCUUUUUAUUAUCACAAGUAAUAUUAAAUAUAGGUCUCAUUCAUACAGUGUAUGAGUAGGAUCAUUUGGACAGUUGUCCACAAGGACCAAUUUUUAAAACAUGUUAUUGUGUUAUAGCUCGAUAGUCUAGUCAUGUUUUGUCCUUUAUUUUCAAUAUUCGAUAAACAUUUGAGGUUGAAAAUUUAGAUGAUAGAUGCUUGUAUAUGAAUGUGUUGUAAUAAAGUGAAGUUUUCUUGAUAUAUAUUUAUUAAAAGGAUGAAAAUUCA